CAAACUACUAGUCGACGAUGUUAUUGCACUCCUAACAGGCGGACGAUACGCAUACCUUGAGAGACGAGCUGUCAUGAAUCCAAAAUGCGUUCAUUAGAGGGCAUCUUCACUGCAGUACUAGCGAUCUUCACCAUCAAUAUAAAUCUCCACAGUGCGGAGAAAUGCGAACGGACGAAAAUAGGCAAUGAAUAUUACAAACGCCAACUCAUUGCUACCAUUGACGGCUACCCAACUGGUAUGGUUGUAGAUCCAAGAACCGAACACAUAUUUUUUAUACUACAUAAAAGAAAUUACACCAAAGGCAUACAUCUUCUCAAACACGGUUCUUUAGGAGUGAAGGAGCUGCCGAUUGCUGAUGAUAUAAAUGGACAAUGCGUUGGCGUUGAUGUGGCAAAUAACGUAAUUUAUAUAGGAACGAAUCAAGGCUUGAUUAUCUACGACUAUUCAAGAACUGAAAUCACAGCAGACAGACCCAUUGGAGAUGACGACGUGAAAAAUAUAUUUAUUGAUAAAGCUGACAACAGAAUGUAUAUAACGACCGGAUCGAAUCACGAAAUAUUUAGAUUCAUGAAUGACAGUGCAGCUGUUAAAAGAUAUGAUAAAAUACCGAGAGCGUAUAGUUUCGUUCUCGAUGCAAAGGGCAAUGCUUUUUAUGAAUACGUCGACGGCAGAUUGUAUUUCUUUUCAAUGGACUUGUACGAGCCGGUCCAGUAUAAAGGUUUCACGAGAGAAUUAAAAUAUAUUCUGCAAUUGAAUAACGACGAUGAAGCGAUAGUUGCAGUCAAAGGUUCUCUGUUUAGAUUGUUCACGAAUAGUAUUUUGCCUGUUAAAAUAGGACAGUUGGAUUUUAAAAUCACAGCAAUGACGUUUGACAAUAAGAAUAAUAUUCUAAUUGGAACUAAAGGAAAGAUUUACAGAUACAAGCCCAUUGAUACCAAUGAUCCGUGCCCCCCUGAUGAUUAUUUUAUGUCUAGCAUUUAAAGUCAUGGUCAUAUUUGUGUAAGAUUUUGCAGAGUUACACCUAUAUUUACUGUAAUCUGCAGAAAAUUUUGACGUACGAUUGAGUUCCUCCAAAUCCUUUUGUUUCUUCUAGAUCUUUGGCUUCAACAGUUAGUAUUAUAUAAAUAAUCUUUUAAGAUUUACUUCAAGAUAUAUUCAUAAAAUUAAAAAUAUAAAAAAAAUUAAAUGUAGAGUCAAUUAUUACCUAUGUAAUUUUAU